CUCACGGUAUUUAUUCAUUUUUAUAUAAAGCUUCACCACCGCUCCCAACUCCGUCUGUGAUGGUUUGUCCCUUUUUUUAAUCAAAUCUCUCAAUCUCUCCCUUAUACGCACACUUCGUGUUCUUGUUUGUGUCGCUGGAGAAAUCAGGAUUCCGGUCUCCUACACUUUUGAGUUUCUAAUUUUGUGGCCGGGAAAUCAAGAAUCCGGCACCCUACAUCCGAGAGCCAUACGCCCGUAUAUAUACCCUCCGUUUGUAUUUAGAUUGUUUUUUUGGGUAGGGGUGAUGCUAAAUGGCGAAGGGUCGGAAAUUAACGGCGAGCCGGAGCGAGAGGUUCUUGGGCGGCUAUAGCGGUGGCCGGGGAGCAUUGAACGAUGCAUCGGAGUUUGUGGAGGACGACGUGUGGGGUACUGUCGAUGAAACGGCCAACGGGGACAGUGGUCCCGACGAUGGUUUGACUGGAGACUGGACCCUACGCGCCGACGUCCCGGAGGUUAACGGGACCUACGAUAGCCGGCGGCAGAUCCCACGCGCCGACCGAAACCGCCGCCAAGUCGGCGGCUUGUCAUUAGCUUUCGAAGAUUCCGGCAGAACGGCGUCGUCACGGAUCGUGCACCAGCACGGCAUGGCGGCGUCGGGCGGCCGCCACAUGGCUACCUCGGCCCCGGUCAACGUCCCGGAUUGGUCCAAAAUAUACCGAGUCAACUCGGUGGAGUCACUGGUAGACUCGGACGAGGGGUUGGAUGAAAAUGGGACAGAAAUAGUCCCGCCACACGAAUACCUGGCGCGUGAAUACGCACGCUCCCGGAAUACAGCCACUAACUCGGUGUUUGAGGGCGUGGGAAGAAAACUGAAGGGACGCGACCUGAGCCGGGUUCGAGAUGCGGUCUGGAGUCAAACCGGAUUCUACGGUUAAAAACUGGAACCGGGUUCGUCUUCAGAUUUCACGCGAUCGAAAUCAGUUAUUGGCAAUUAUUAGUUGGGGUAAAAAUUUGGAUUGAACAUUAAUUAGUAUUUACUCUUAUUAUUGUUUUAAUGUUAAAUUAUGUCCAAAGAAAAAUCUUGUGGUGGGUUUUUCUGGUCACAAAAAAAAAAGAAAAAAGAAAUGAACUGGGUUCAACUAGGGGAAAGCAAUGGCCAGAGCAAGCUGUACUUGAUUUGUAUUUAUUCGGUCAAUUUUUUAACUGCAUUUUUUUUGUUGGUGGAAAAAUAGUUCGUGGUAAAUUUGGGGAGCAAAGUGUGAUAUUUAAUAGUAAGGCGCACCUAUAUUG